GAAGCUAUGGUGGUCGCUCUGGCUGUUGGACCUGGUCCACGCAGCCAAGGUGCGACCGAGUGUCGUGACUGCUCCACUCAACUUGCUGGUCCAGGAACCUGGCCUCGAGGCCUCCAAUCACACCCUCUUCAACACCUUGGGUGAUAAGGAGUCCGCCUUGGCCUUGAUGAAUGCGACUGGAGAACAUCACUCCGCAAUGUUCAUUGAUGGAGGAGAUGAGGGCAUCAUGGAGCAUGACAUGGACGAGCAUGGCAUGGAUGCCAUGGACGACUUCCACGAGGACCACGAGACGGACCAUGGGAUGGACGAACACUAUGAUGAUCACUAUGACGAACACUAUGAUCACGACUCCCAUGACGACAUGCACUUUGAUCCAGAGGACUUCUUUGGGGUGGAGCAAAAGGGGAAUAUGGAUGGAUAUGGAGGCUCUACAUCGGAUUUUUGGUCACAUUGGAGGGGUUGA